AUGGAAUCAAUCGGAGUCCUUAUGAUGUGCCCCAUGUCCUCCUACCUCGAGAACGAGCUUCAGAAGCGCUUCAACCUUCUUCGUUUCUGGACUUGUCCGGAGAAGUCAGUCUUUCUGGAAACGCACCGGAACUCCAUCCGCGCCGUCGUUGGAAAUGCUUCUGCCGGCGCUGAUGCGCAACUCAUCAGUGAUCUUCCCAAGCUCGAGAUUGUCUCGAGCUUCAGCGUCGGCCUCGACAAGAUCGAUUUGGGGAAAUGCAAGGAAAAAGGGAUCCGAGUCACCAACACUCCCGACGUUCUCACCGAAGAUGUCGCAGAUCUCGCGAUUGGGCUUAUCCUGGCUCUCCUCCGACGCUUGUGUGAGUGUGAUCGCUAUGUGAGGAGCGGAAAAUGGAAGACCGGUGAUUUCCAACUCACUACUAAGUUUAGUGGGAAAUCCGUGGGCAUCAUUGGUCUAGGGAGAAUCGGGACUGCGAUCGCAAAGAGGGCCGAAGCGUUUAGCUGCCCAAUCAAUUACUACUCAAGAACAGAGAAGCGUGACGUAGGCUACAAGUAUUAUCCAACGGUGGUUGAGCUUGCCCAAAACUCAGACAUCCUCGUGGUGGCAUGCCCAUUGACGGACGAGACCAGACACAUUGUGAACCGGCAAGUGAUGGAUGCAUUAGGAGCAAAGGGUGUGCUGAUAAACAUAGGGCGUGGGCCGCAUGUUGACGAGCAAGAGCUUGUGAAAGCUCUGACCCAAGGCCGGCUAGGUGGGGCUGCGCUGGACGUGUUUGAGCAGGAGCCACACGUGCCCGAGGAGCUCUUUGGCCUUGACAAUGUGGUUCUGCUCCCUCACGUUGGGAGUGGCACCGUGGAGACACGGAAUGCCAUGGCCGAUCUUGUUGUCGGUAACUUGGAAGCCCACUUUUCUGGUAAAUCACUUCUCACUCCGGUGGUCUAA